AUGAUGAAUAUUCAGUACGACGACCCAGCGUUGUCUGAGAGCUAUGGCGUUGUGGGGUCGUUCCCUAAAAGUUUUGGCUAUGGGGUGGAGGAGCCGGACAUGGAGGAGAACUCCACAUCAGCUGACAAGCCGAGGAUCCUGCUCAUGGGCCUGAGACGGAGCGGCAAGUCAUCUAUUCAGAAGGUUGUAUUCCACAAGAUGUCUCCUAACGAGACCUUAUUCCUCGAGAGCACCAACAAAAUCUACAAGGACGACAUCUCCAGCAGCUCCUUCGUCAACUUCCAGAUCUGGGACUUCCCCGGCCAGGUGGAUUUCUUCGACCCCACGUUUGACAGCGAGAUGAUCUUCAAGGGAACCGGAGCUUUGAUUUUCGUCAUUGACGCCCAGGACGACUACAUGGAGGCCCUCGGGCGGCUGCAUCUCACCGUAUCUAGAGCGUACAAAGUGAAUCCAGACAUCAACUUCGAGGUGUUCAUCCAUAAAGUCGACGGCCUAUCUGACGACCACAAAAUAGAAACGCAGAGGGACAUUCAUCAGAGGGCGAACGACGACCUGGCAGACGCCAGCCUGGAGAAGCUUCACCUCAGCUUCUACUUGACCAGCAUCUACGACCACUCCAUAUUCGAAGCCUUCAGCAAAGUCGUCCAGAAGCUCAUACCUCAGCUGCCGACUUUGGAGAACCUCCUGAACAUUUUCAUAUCCCACUCCGCGAUCGAAAAGGCCUUCCUGUUCGACGUCGUUAGCAAGAUUUACAUCGCCACGGACAGCUCUCCUGUGGACAUGCAGUCCUACGAGCUCUGCUGUGAUAUGAUCGAUGUGGUCAUAGAUGUCUCCUGUAUUUACGGGCUAAUGCAGGAUGGCAGCGGCUGUGCCUAUGACAAGGAGUCUUUGGCAAUCAUCAAGCUCAACAACACUACGGUGCUUUAUUUGAAAGAGGUCACGAAGUUCCUCGCUCUCGUCUGCAUCCUCAGAGAGGAGAGCUUCGAGAGGAAAGGUUUGAUAGAGUACAAUUUCCACUGUUUCCGAAAAGCCAUCCACGAGGUGUUCGAGGUCGGCGGCUCGUCCGAAGGCGCCGCCUGGAGGCCGAGCUCGUCCAGCAGCAGCAGCAGCCAGACGGGCCGAAGCUACGCCGCGCUGAACGGGAGCGCCAUUUGACGGGCGGAGAGGUGAAGACGAGUGACUGUAAAACCUGUGUUUCACCACCAGCGACGUCGCUGGCGCAGCCUGAAUCGGUCCGAGCGGCUGUGAAACAGCUCCAGGGACUAGAACCCCGGCCUUUUAGACAAAAAUAAUACUGAAAUAAUACCGAAAGCGUACGCACCUUUUCUCCUGCACCUUCACCAAUAUUUAAAUGUCCAAAGACUCUUGUCAGCUGUGUUUACCUCCUCCUUGGCCAGUCCACAUAAAGACACAUUUAAAGCACCAAACUGACCUUUCACCCCCUUGCAGAAGCACAAAGUCCUUUUUCACGCCCCUGCUCAUUUUAGGAUGAAGUAUUGAGCGCCCUAAGUGGGUUUAAUCCAUAGUUGGUAGAAGAAAAAAAAAAAAAUGUCAGCAGAGCCAAGUGUUUGUUCUCAUACGUGUUUUGUUGAUAAUGACUCUCUGCUCAGGAUCUCCUCCGACCAGAGCCGUGCCAGUUACACCAUUAGAGCCCCCGGGUGAUUAACAGAGCGGCCGACAGCGUGUUUGCUCUUAACGCAGCCUGGAAAUAACCGACGACGCUUUCUGCUCGGACGGCCUGCCAAAAAACAUUUGACUUUUCGUAGCUUGACGGACACGCCGGCCAAAUCCACUCCGUAGAGAUCCGUGUUUGUGCGAGCGCCGAGUCGAGUACUACUUCAGGAUGUGUUUUUGUGUUCGAGCGUCGGUCUUUAAUAAUAAAAAAAAAACUAUGUUUUGUA